GGUGCAGAAGGUAAAUGUACAGCAGGUUACCUUUUGCUCACAACACAUAUCUAUUAAUAAGUUCUUCAUACUUAAAUUACAUGCAUUAUUAAUUGCUAAUUAUGGUUCAUCAUGCGCAUAUUCUUGUAAUCCUUCUUAUUUUUACAGAUAGUGCACAUGCAGUACAAACAAGUGAUCCAGUAGGUGCGAAUGCCCCAGAUGUGUCAUCUGUUUAUACACAGAGGUUUGCAAGGCUGAGUUAUCUCGUUAUUGAACUUGGAACGAAAGUCAUUAGAACUUUCUUCCUCAAGGAUGUUGUUAGGCCUAGCAUCACUAAUGGUGAGCACAUCAGUGAUAAAGAUGCAGUGCUUCAGUUUUUUGGUAAGCAUGACGUGAUAAGGGAACUUGAGAAACUCAAGAAAACAAAAGUCAUAUAUGCUUCUCAGUGGAAUCUGUUGUACCCUGCCUCUGGUCAUACAGAUGUGGAAACAUUUGACAUUACAUUGCUAGUGUUAUUGAUAAGAAAACUUCACCCAGACAAAGCCAACCUGAAAUGGUCAGCGCCGAAAGAAAAUGCCACGUUACCUUCCCCUCCACAAACAACACAAGGUUUCAUCGACCACAUCCAGCGGCUUAAGAAUGUCAGGAAUUAUAUACAGCAUUCCGCCAAAUAUGGGAUCCAAGACAUGGAGAAAUUCUGCACGAAGUGGGAAAUCGCCUGUGCUUCUGUUCUAGCACUUGGUGCGGAUCCAAAUGAAGUUGAAAAGGUACAGAAAUCCAUCUUUAGCAUACAGGAGAUAGAUACAAUAGUGUCUAAAAUACUCAGCUCGGUCGAAGAUAACAAACGGCAUUUCGACAGCAGAUUUGAUAGGCUUGAAUUACUAAUAUUGUCCUCUGUAUGUGCCGUUUUCUUUGCCGUCCUCAUUGCGUUAGCCAUAAAUUACCAGUGGUGGAUUUAGGUGGGGAAGGGGUCAGGGGGGAUCCUGAUUUCUGAAAACAAAUCACACUAGUAUUCCCCUCUUGAAAUUAGAAUUUUGACUGGCUGAAUUAUAGUUCUAAAUAGAUCUGAAUGAAACUGUUCACCCUAUAAAGUAUCACAUUUUUUCGGGGCCUUUUAUAUCACAUGGAAAUGAAUCAUUGCCAAUUUUUCAUGUUACCUGUAGUGCAUUAUGCAAGAGGGUAAGCGUGAGUAUGCUAUUAUAAAACAGUGCAUCAAAAUUGGCCAAAACAUUAUUAUGUACACUUUUUUUUCUGUAGUCUGAAUAUUUCACAGUUUAACUUUUGCUGCCUUGUUUCUUGGUGUCUGUAUAUUUGCAAGAUUUGUAUAUUUUUUAAUUGAAAUGUUGAAAUAUAAGUAAAAGUAAAAUGUAAAUGGAUAUUAGGUAAGAUUUUUUGAAAAUAUUUACCAGAUUAUACAUAAUAUUGCUUAUUGUAAAAACUUCCAAGUCUAAGAUUUCAUUCUAGAGUUUUAUCAUGUCUAUUAAGAAGUUUUGAAGUGCAAAACUUGUUUGCAAAAAAAGUGAAGGUUAUGUCAAUGUAGUAUUUUUAAUAAUUAUCCAUCCAUCAACUAUUAUAGCAUCGUUUUGUUUUUGUCAUUUCACAUAUUGAUUGAAUUAUUUGGGAAGCAACUGUGUGCUGCAGUCAUUGCGUAAAAGAUGUUAUUACAUACAAUGUGCAACAGUGAUUUCAGUUUUUUUUUUAUCUACAAAUUACAAUUUCUGAACGUUCCGAGAAUGGGACUCUGCACCAAACAGUUUCAAAUAGUCACCUCAAGUUUGUAAAAGCUGCACUUGGUUGGGAAAUUCAAGAAUGAAAAAAAA